AUGCCUUUGCUACAGGGCCUUCUGUGCCUUAUUGGUCUGCUCUUCUGGGGGGGCCAGAAGGCCAAUGCUCUGGUGCUUCCCAACACCACUGUGGCGCUGACCCAGUCCCGGGCCGUGCAGUCUGGGCUGGCUCCAGGUCUGUCGGGAUCCAGGCCCCGAAGGAAGCGCCAUGUCUCAGCCCGAGAGAUGAACGCCCUCCUGGACUAUCACAACCGCAUCCGGGCCCGUGUAUAUCCACCUGCCGCCAACAUGGAAUACAUGGUCUGGGAUGAACGGCUAGCAAGAUCAGCUGAAGCCUGGGCUACUCGUUGUCUCUGGGAACAUGGCCCCCCACAGUUGAUGAAAUUCUUGGGCCAGAACCUCUCCGUUCAUUCUGGCCGGUACCGCUCAGUUGUGGAUCUAGUAAAGUCUUGGUCAGAAGAAAAGCAGCACUAUUCUUUCCCCAACCCAAGAGAAUGCAGCCCCCGUUGUCCUUGGCACUGUAAUGGGCCUGUGUGCAGCCACUAUACUCAGAUGGUGUGGGCAUCCUCCAAUAGGUUGGGCUGUGCUCUCCACACCUGCAAAAACAUCAGUGUUUGGGGGAGCACCUGGCACCAGGCAGUGUACCUAGUGUGCAACUACGCCAUCAAGGGCAACUGGAUUGGGGAAGCUCCAUACAAGAUGGGGAAACCCUGCUCAGCCUGUCCCCCCAAUUAUGGCGGCAGCUGCAACAACAACAUGUGUUUUGCUGGGCUCCGCUCCAACCGACUUAUCUGGUUCUAAUCAUUUCAGGGUUUGGGCAACGUCUUGUGUCUGGGCUUCUUGGACAGAGCCAUUCCUUCAGCAGGAUCCUACGUGACCCCGAAGACAGUGACUAUAUAGAAUAGAAUAGUUAUUUAUGAAGGGGAGAACACCUCUGGCUGUCCACAUACACCCACCACUUUUCCACUUUGGGACUUUAUUCCAGUAGUCCUGGCAAAGACCAAGUAGAAAAUAUCAUCAAUAUCUUUUUAUUUUCCAAUUAUACUUCUUUGUUUUUCUUUUUCUUUGGGUAGAUCAUCACUUUGUAGAUUCUUUCCAAUUCUCAUCUCAGGUUUAUCCAGUUUUUUAGAGAGUUGGGUCUGGAAGGGACUAUAGAGAUCAUGCAGAUCCAUGGUCCCUACUUUUUAUAUUUCUUAAAGCCCUUUCAACAACAGCAAUCAAACAGCCAGGGUAAUUUAAUAUGUUAGUCAUAAUAGUCUGCAAUUAUUUACUGCUUAAGAUGCCAUUGAAGAAUUUUGCUCAUAUUCUCAGACCACCAUUGAGAACCCCCAAAGGGUUCAUGAACCACUAAAUGAAAGCCCCUGAUUCAAUCCAAUCUCCUCAUGAACUGGAAAAUGAGGCCCAAAGAGAGAAAGGUGCUUUUCCAAGGAUACACAAUAUAUUAGUGGCAGGGCCAGGAAGAAAACAGCUCUCCUGAAAAAAAUCAAAAACCUAAGUUGACAGGGGUGAAAGAGGGGAUGGGGUGCUGAAAACCACAGAUUUAGGGCUGAAAGAGUUUUUGUCCAUCCUUCUACAUUCCAAUUCUAUUUAAAAAAUGAGAAAACUCUGAUUUGUCUAAUGACACACAGGUACAGUGGAGCUGGAACUUGAGCCUAGUCUAAUGAUAUAAAAAUCCAACAAUUUUUCUACCACAUCAACUCCUAGAUCAUUGCUUUCUCUCUGUCUCCUCUUAGCCAAAACUCUUCUCCUACCUGCCUCAUUACAGUGAUAGAAAUAAAGUAUUGUUGCCAGGUCAGCAGCCCCACUUCUAACAGAAGCAGUUGUCAUCCCUUUCAUAUGAUCUUCCACAUAGUUCCUCCUUAGAGACAAAUUUAGAACUGUUCAGAAAGAACUGGAAUAUAAAGUAUCAUGGGGAAGAUUAAACAAGCUUGAGAAACAGCCUUCCCUAUCCCAUCCCAUCCCAUUCCAUCCCAUCCCAUCCCAUCCUAGUUUUUCCCCUUUUUACUAGAAAAUAACCAUAGACCAUAAUUAGCCCCCGCUCAUCAAUCCAACUCCAGCUAUGGGUGAUCAACUUGUACCAAAAACCCUUAAGUGCCAUCCAAAGCUUAUUGCCCUGACAAUGAUGGACUUUUCUUCCGGAGCUUCCUCAAUAAAGAAAUCAGAAGAGGCAGCUGUAUUGAGUCUUUCUAGUGUACCCCAAUCCCAUCUACCAUGGUGGUCAAAUGGGAUAGAAAAUAGUUGAGAGACAAAGCAGGCAUAGAAGACAUAUCCAUCUGAAUGGAUAAUGGUAGAAAAUGUGGUGAUCAGUCCUAUAAUAUGUCUUAAACUUCUAAGACUGAAACAGGGGGUGAUCAGAAGGGACCCAGGGAGAGAAAGCUCUUCAAAAGGGUCAACAUCAGUCCCCUGACUUUAAACUCCAGAGUAUGUGCAUGUAUAUGUAGGAAUAUGUGUAUAUAUGUUUCUGCAUAUAAGUAUGUGCAACAUGUUCCAAAAG